UAGAGCCUGGAACGGCUGCUCCCCUUAACACGAAACCGAGGCUCUUCACUCUUCCACUUUCCGACCUUCUCAAAAUGGCUGCAUUGCACACGUGUCGUUUUGCCGGCUUUUGCCUUCUUUUCCUGCUUUCUUUCCUCCAUUCCUCCUUUGCUGGUCAACGAACGCUUGUUCUUUUAGAUAAUGCUAACACCAAAGAGACUCAUUCUAUAUUUUUCAGCUCUCUAAAAGCCAAAGGUUAUGAGCUCACCUUCAGGACUGCAGAUGACGCAAGCCUAGCCCUCGUCAAGUAUGGAGAAUUUCUAUAUGACAACCUUGUCAUUUUCUCCCCAUCUGUGGAAGAGUUUGGAGGUUCCUUAAACGUCAGGGCAAUUACUGACUUUAUUGAUGGAGGAGGAAAUGUCCUUGUAGCUGCUAGCUCAGCCAUUGGUGAUCCUCUGCGUGAGCUGGGCAGUGAGUGUGGUGUGGAGUUUGAUGAGGAAAAGACUGCAGUCAUCGACCACAUAAGUCAUGAUGUCAGUGACUUGGAUCAGCACACUCUGGUUGUUGCAGAACCAAGCAACGUCAUCAAGGCAGAUACUGUCACUGGCAAAACAGUCACCAGCCCUCUUCUCUUCAAGGGUGUAGGUAUGACUACUGACGUUGACAAUCCACUUGUGCUAGAGGUGGUCACUGCCUCCUCUACAGCUUACUCCUACUACCCAGAUGUCAAAAUCACUGAGUACCCUCAUGCCGUUGGCAAGAGUACAGUUCUGGUUGCAGCACUCCAGGCCAGGAACAAUGCUAGAGUAGUGUUCUCUGGCUCUCUAGACUUCUUCAGUGAUGAAUUCUUCCAGCGUUCUGUGCAGAGCUCUAAGGCUGGCUCCAAGAAGUUUGACAAGUCAGGCAAUCAGGAUCUAGCCCUUGCGGUGACUGACUGGGUGUUUAAACAGCGUGGGGUGCUGCGUGUGGGUGAAGUCAAGCACCACAAGGUGGGAGAAGACAACCCUCCUGCUGCCUACACCAUUGAAGACAAUGUGUUUUACAGCAUCCAGAUUGAGGAGAUGAUUGGCAACAAGUGGCAGCCAUACCAGGCCUCCGAUGUGCAGAUGGAAUUCUUCAGGAUUGAUCCUUUUAUCAGGACCACACUCAACCGAACCAGAGAUGGACUGUUUACUGCCCACUUUAAGCUGCCUGAUGUGUAUGGAGUGUUCCAGUUCAAGGUUGAGUACAACCGCGUUGGCUACUCCUACCUGUCUAGCAAGACACAGGUGUCUGUGCGACCCAAGCAACACACCCAGUAUGAGAGGUUCAUCCCCUCGGCCUACCCAUAUUACGCCAGCGCUUUCUCCAUGAUGCUAGGAGUGUUUGUAUUUGCUAUUGUGUUCCUUCAUCACAGAGAUGACGGCAAAGUUAAGGCAGAGUAGCAUGCCUCUUAUUCCAGCGGCUUCGAUUUGUACUGAAUGAAAUAAAACUUUUGUUAUAAUUGUU